CGAUCGAAUACACCUCGUGUUGUUUCCCAAAGGACGCGGCCGCCCGUGUGCCGGGACUUUCAGUAGCUGCGCGCGCGCGCCGUGCACAACAAUUGAACGGAUUGAACCGAACGGACGGGCGGCGAUGAGAACGUUAAUAAUUUCGUUGUUUUUGUGUUGCGCGCCGACGCCGCCGAAUGCCAGUGCGCGGGACGGCGGACCCGAAUACCGCGAUAUCGAGAGAACGGUCGGCGCGCUGAAACGUAUUGUCGAAGCGGACGUGUGGAAAAACGAUUUGAGCACGAGGGACGUGCUGUUCAAAGGGAAAAUAACGAGGCUAGAAGACCGCCCGAUCAAAUUCCCGGCGGAACAGACCGGAUCGGACAGCGAGUCGGACGACGGGCUGGCGGAUCGGAAUGCCGAAGAUUUCGUCAACAGAAAAACGCUGAUGAAGGUGUCGGAAACGUCGAAACUGAUGUACACCGCGUUGGGAUGUAAGUUUUCCGAUUUGAUUGUCGAGACGCUCAGGCAUUUCGCCAAGAUAAACACCGAGUGUCAGAACAUCGAAUUGACACGGAGUGCAGAAAAAUGCGUGAACGGCGCCGUUGCCGUUUUAAUCGCGCACAAACGGUACUUCGUGAAGAUGAUGUACAAUCUGUUUGUUUUCGCGGACGCGUUCCCGAAUUUGAAAUUUGCCGAUCAAACGUUAGUGAAAUCGUUGAUGUCCGUCAACUCGUAUCUGCAUUACCUCGGCAAAAACGAACGGUACAGAGGCGACGUGAAGCUAAACCCGCACAAGAAGGUGUUGGCUCAAAUGAUCAAUCUGGUGGAACGUUCGAGGUGCCGGAAAUGCCCCGUCAUUCACGACCGUCUGUAUUUCCCGCGGCGGAAGGGCGAGAUACCGAUUUCGAAACAAGCGGUCAACGACGAUUUCGAAAGUACGAUCCGCGGUAUACUGUCGCCGGUGACCCGUCAACUCGAAUCGUAUUACGAGGACAUCGACGUGACGAGUCUUAUUACACCAGACGCGGCGUCGUCUUCCGAUCGGCGGCCGUACGACGACGGGAUGUACGACACGGAAAACGUGUUGCUGGGAUUCGUGUUCGACGCCCGCUAUGACGACUACACGGCGUAUUCGGCCGUCGGUACCGUGGAGCUGAAGCAAUCGGUCAGAUACGUAAACAUCGGCCAUCGUAACUCAUCGCGCACGAAUGUCGUCGCGGCCAUGUCAAUUAAAUCGGCCAAUAAUAUCAUCAACCCUAGCGUUCCGAACAGCGCGAGCGACAGGCGGAACAAAGCGAAAACGCUAUUGAUCGACGUUUACCAAAAGGCGGCGCGCGACUACGACCUAGAAGCGAUGUACGACUAUCAGACGUUAUUGGUGACCGUUGUCGGCGAAUUGUUCUCCGCGCAGUUUUACCAUUUUUUCAACGAAUCCGCCGGGAAAUGCUACGGCAGCCCCGAGGGCGACGGUUUCUUGGCGUUGUUGCAGUUGGUGACCGUUUACGGAGUAUUCGUCAACGUGUUGUUGCCGGAUAAUUUCCCGCCCGACCGCGCGAACGCGGCCAGGCGGCUGUACGGCUUGGUAACCCGCGACUUGGAACACUUCUCGGUGUUGUCCGCCGACACGUUGGCCGGACACAGAGAAAACGUGAGAAUAAUCGACAACUGGCAUUCGCAAGAGUUCGUGGAAAAACUGAAACACAUAUCGUUGAACCGUUUGAUCAGCAACGUGGUCCAUCAUGAAAAUUUCGACGGUUUCCGACGGCUGUUCAGGCUGUUUCUGGGCGAGCCGAACACGCUCAGGGGAUAUCGCAUGCACAACGAAAACGACGGCGACGAAGAGGGGAAAACGACCGGGCCGGUGUGUUUGUCGGCGUACAAACUGCGGCAGAGCAUGUUUCUGUUACAAAUACUGAUGUUUGGACACGCGAAAAAACUGGUGCCCCACAGACAGUUGAACGGCACGGAUUUCGCGGUAUUGACGGCGGUGGACGGCGUAAACGAGAAACUGGCCAACGCGUACGAUCGGUACGCUUACGAUUACGACGAAAUCAAGGCGAUACUGGUGCCCGUGUCGAUGCGUUUGAGAAACGUGAAAAUCGACGACGGCGACGGAUACAACAAUUGUCUGUUGACACAGUAUUGCCUUUUGACGGCGAAUUUGCUCGAACAUUUCGAAAUAAACAAUUGCACGCUGAUACAUUUCAGCGACGAGAUGUACGCGGAACUGACGGAUGACCGCGGAUUGUUCGUAUACGACGGCCAACAACGCGCCGUCGACUUCAACGUCGCGUUCGUGAACGAGUUCUUCGCUGUGGACACCAGAGAGCCGAGCGUAUUGGACGCACUGCUGCCCGACCGAAGAAUAGCGCACAAUACGAGUCCUUCGACGACCACGUGGUGGGUCCACCGAUAUUUUCCGGACGGUAUUUUCGUCGUCUACAACGGCUCGUUCAAUUCGAAUAAAAUCAACUGGGACGGGACCGUGGUCACGAUGAACAGCGCGCUGAAAACCGUGACGGACAGCGACGUGAUCGAGUACGGCCAUUUAGUCAGGUAUCAGCUGGUCCGGCUGGAAUGGUCCGUACACAGCGUUUUCAAAAAAAUGUUGUACGUCGCCAAUCACGUACGCGAUUAUCCGUUAGAACCUACCGGAGCCGGUAGCGACGAGACGGUCGGUCUGUUGACGAUAAAAAACGAUAUCUCGACGAUACAAAACCUCUCGUUUCCGGUGCCUAUAAGAACGUUUCUGUUACCGAUAUUCUCUGAAUUUACGAGAAUGAUCGAUGCGAUAUUUGACGGACCGAAUGACGGGGAAAACGUUGAACGACUAAUAUGCAAUUGUAUAUCUACGAUCGAAGAGCAAUCGCGGUAUUUGUGCGCAAUCGUGGCCCGAGACGACAGCGCCGGUGGAAACGACACGAGCGAAGACAUCCGAAACGACGGACUCCCGAAACCGACGAUAAUUUCUCUGGGUCGUAUUCACUGCGAACUUCUAGACGAUCGCGAAUACUUAACCGCGGUUUUAAAGCCUUCGGCCGGUUUCAACGCUAAUAUCAUAUCACACAACGAUUUCUUUUACAUUUACUAGAUAAUAUAAGUAUUAUAGGUAUGUACAAUGUAUAUAUAUAUAUAUUUAUAAUGCGGCGUAUGAUGUUCUAUACGCGGUUUAAUUUUUAAUCGCUAUAACGAUAAGUAUACCGAUAUGUUUAACAGCAGUGAGGAAGUAUUGUGAAAACCGAUUGCUCAUUGGCGUCGGUAAGAUAUGGGGUGAGAAAAGCGCACCGAUAUGACGAAUGCACGCUUAAUAAUUAAUGGAAUGUGUCG